AUUGUAGGCAAUGUUCAGGCUGCAGCUACUUCAGAAAAAGUCUCAAACAUGGCUCCUAAAGAACAAAUGCAAAUUACAAUGGACAGUGAACCCAUCACAGAUGCACCUGAUGAUGCUUACACAGAUUUAGAGAAUGCAGCUUUUAAGAACAGCAAAGAUGUUAAAUGUGUUUCUGCUGUUGCCCAGAGUCAAAUAGAAGUUGGUGUAGACACUUUAGCCUCAGAGAAAGUCUCUAUAGAAGAAAUGCAAAGCCAGAUUGUCAGUGAACCUACCAUGCACACAUCAGUUAAAUUUAUGGGGGAUCAUUGGGAAGAACAUUUAAAAACGGUUGAGAAUAAUGAGUUUAAAUUUGAUUCUCCUGCUGUAACUCUGAGUCAAAUGGAAAUGGGCACCACAUUGGCUGUGGAGAGUUCAAGCCCAACUCCUGCAUCGGGUGUAAAUAAAAGCCAAACAGAAGAGGACAUGCAGGCACCUGAGAACAGUUCUAGCACAGCUUUGGUGGUUGAAACACAAGCUCCGCUGAUUAUCCAGGAUGUCAUUGAGCAAACAAGAGACAACUCUAAUAAAGAGCUCCAUGAAAAUAUAAUUGUUGAAAAUUUACAGAAAGUGAAGAAUAAAGACGAGGUACAUUCAGGAUGUGUGACUGUACAAGAGGAUCGACUCAAAUCAGAAAUGCAGGUCACACCAGCAUCAGUGGUUCUUGAAGCAGAUCAUUCAGUGGAAAUACACAAAAGCCCACAUGAAACACAUAUGCAGAUUGUAACAUCAGAGCAGGAUAAUAUAUUUCCUGCAGUGGAAAUGCAAAACCUACAAAGCCGUGAUGUCAUGGAAGAACAUAUAGACACAUGGUCUGUAGCUCAUGAAGAGAGUCGAAACAAAAUGGAAACAACAGAGACUUCAGUUUUAUCACCUUCAGCAGAAACACAAUACCAAAUUAGUAACAAUAUCAAUGAGUCUUCAGCAAAUGUUUCUGAACAUGACCAGGCAAAUGAGAGUCUUGAAAAUGAGAACAAGGCUGUCGAAGAAUGUGUCCGCACUGCUGUGGGAACACACAAAAUGGAAACACAAUCAGCAGAAGGACUACUGGAAAAUUCUCAACCAACAACUACAAAACAAAUACCAAGCCAGAGAGGUCAGGAGGUCUGUGAACUCGCCACAGACACAAACAUUCUUGUGUUGCAGUCUUCAACUGAAACGCAGAUCCAGAAGAGUUUCAGUGUCGCUGAAAGGUUCACGAUUCCCUCAACUGAGGAUCAUCAAAAUAAGAGCAAAGAACGUAUCGACACUGCUGAGACGACACACAAAAUGGAAACGCAAAUACCACAAAUGUUAGAGGUUUCCCAACCAACGACUUCAGAAAAUACACAAAUCCAAAGAGGACAGGAGCUCAGUGAACUCACCACAGACAUUUCUGUUUCACCACCUCCACCUGAAACACCGAUUCAGAGAAGCUGUGAUGUCACAGAGCCUUCAAGUGAAGUAUCUACAACUGUCCAGGAAGAUGUCAAGAUUCACUCCAGUGAGGGUCAUGAAAAUGAAAACAAAGCCAUAGAAUAUAUCUGUGCUACUGACAGGAUGUACAAAAUGGAAAUACAAACAGCAGAAGAGCUACAGGAGAUAUUGCAACCAACAACAACAGAGCAAAGUGAAGCUAUUGAACUCACCACAGACAUUUCUGCUUCACCACCUUCAUCUGAAACGCAUGUCCAGGAAAACCUCAACAUCACAGAGAGUGCAACACAUACUUUUGUGUGUAAUGAGAGCACAGUUGUUGAAAAAUCUUUAGGCGCUACUGAAAGGACAAUUGAAAUGGAAAUGCAAGCAGCAGAAAUGUUACUUGAGGUUUCUCAACCAGCGUUUACAGAACAAAGGCAAAGCCUGAGAGAUCAGGAGGUCUGUGAACUCACCACAGACGCAAGCAUUUCUUUUUUACCAUCAUCUGAAACCGAGAUCCAGAAGAGCUUUAUUAUCACUAGCCCUGCAAAUGAUGCAUCUGAAACUGUCCAAGAAAGCUUCAGCAUUCCCUUAAAUCGACGUCAUGAAAAUGGGAAUGAUGUUCUCACAGAAUGUGGCAACAGUGCUGGAAGGACAAAUAAGAUGGAAACGCAGUCAGUGCCAACGUUGGAGGCGGUUUCUCAGGAAACAAUUACAGAACAAACGCAAAAUCAGAGAGUUCAAGAGUUCAGUGAAGUCACCACAGACGCAACCCUUUCUGUUUCACCAGCUUCAGCUGAAAUGCAGGUUCACAAAAGCCUUGAUGUCAGCGAGGCUGCAACAAACGUAUCUGAAACUGUUCAGGAAAUGUCCAAGAUUUCCUCAAAUGAGUGUCGUGAAAAUGAAAAAAAGGCCUUUGAAAAAUGUGCUGACACCGCUGAGAUGACAAACGAAAUGGAAAUGCAAACAUCAGAAGCAUUAGAGGAGAGUUUUCAACCAACAACCACAGAACAAACGCAAACCCAGAGAGGUCAGAAGGUCAUUGAACUCACCAUAGAUGCAGAUGUUUCUGUUGCACCACCUUUAGCUGAAACAAUGAUCCAGAAAAGUAUGGACAUCACACAGUCUGCAAGUGACAAAUCUAAAACUCUCCAGGAAAAUUUCAAGAUUUCUCCAAAUGAAAUUAGUAAAAAUGAAAACAAGGCUAUGAAAGAACAUGUCCACACUGCUGAAAGGACAAACAAAAUGGAAACACGUCCACCAGAACUGCUGCAGGGGAUUUGUCAACCAACAAUUACAGAACAAACACAAAACCAAAUAAAUGAUCCUUUCAGUACUGAGAGGGAACAAAACCAAAAUUAUGUCAUCACUUCUGAAAAUCACCCCAAUAUAGACAUGCAGACAUCGUUGACACCAGAGGUUUAUUAUCAGAAAUCUGAUGUGGAACUUCAGAACCAGAGAAAUACAGAUGUUCGUGAAGAAAUGGACACUUCUGAAUGUGAGAACGUUCCUGAGAUUGAAACCGACAUGGAAGCUUCUGCAAAGUCUGAGAUUUCUUAUCUAGUUGCUGUGGUAGAACACAAAAAACAUCUGGCAGAGGAAACCACUGAUCACACCAUGCACUUAUCUGAUGAAAUUCUGACACCACAACCCGUUGUCAACUAUGAAAAUGAUGGACAAACAGAACCUGAGAAUGACCAAGGGGAUGUAAUAAGUGGAUCAAUGGAAAGGGCAGAUUCUGCAUUAGAGGAGGGCAUAAAGGUUGAAGCAUUGGUCAGAAGUGCUGAAGGAGUGGCUGAAAGCAGUGAAGUAAUUGUUUUUGUUUGUAACCAGUCAGAUGAUACUGUUAUUCAGGCACCAGAAGAGCAGAUUAAGACUGUUCAUCAGACUGAAGUUGAGUUUUAUGAAAACCAGGUUGUAUAUGAGCCUAUUAGCAGUCCAGAGAGUAACAGUGGUGAAGUUUGUACACCAAUACAGCUGGGGGAAACCAUUUCUUUUCUGGAUCUACAGAGUGCAGAGACCCAUCACAUACUAAGCAAAGAAUCAAACUUUUUAACUAGGGAUGACAAAUUAGUAAUCACCCACCCUAAACUGGAAGAUGGGGAAAUUGUAAAGGAGGAAACGUGUGCCUCAGAUUGUGGAGCAGCAGUUCUAAUGGAGGUUGACACUACCAGUGAGGCGCAGUGUCAUGCACAUGCACACUUGGAGCAGAGUAACAAGACUGACGAUGUAGCACAUGUUGCUGCAAUCGACUCAAGUGACAGCAGUGCAACAGAUGGCCGAUCACAAAGUGCCUCAAAACAAGGUGAAAGAUGGGACGUUGUGGAGCACAUCAGUGCAGCAGAGUUAACUGAGCAGAUGCAGGAGGAUACUGAGGUUCAUGACACAACAGUCAUCAUGGCGUCAACUCCAGCUUCAACUGAAAAUAAAAUUACUGAUGCUUCAUCUGAGCAGAUGCAGGAGGACACUGGGGUUCAAGAUGCUACGGUCGUCAUGACGACCGCAACUCCUGCACCGACUGAAGUCAAAGUAGUGGAUGCUUUAUCUGAGCGGGUUCAAGAAGAUACUGGGGUUCAAGAUGCCACGGUCGUAAUGGCGACAAAUCCAUCAUCAACUGAAGUUGAAAUAACCAACGCUUCAUCCGAGCAGGUGCAGGAGGACACUGGGGUUCAAGACGCCACAGUCAUCAUGGCAACAGCAACUCCAGCAUCAACUGUAGUUGAAAUUGCCAAUGCUUCAUCCGAGCAGAUGCAGGAGAGUAUUGAGGAUGAAGAAGCUACUGGCAUUGUGACGACAGAAACUCCAGCUCUUGCUGAAGUCGAAAUAACUGAUGCUUCAUCAGAACAGGUGCAGGAGGAUACUGGGGUUCAAGAUGCCACCGUCGUCAUGGCAACAAAUCCACCAUCAACUCAAGUUGAAAUAACCGAUGCUUCAUCCGAGCAGGUGCAGAAUGGCACUGGGGUUCCAGACGCCACAACUUACAUGGCGACAGCAACUCCAGCAUCAACUGAAGUUGAAAUUGCCAAUGCUUCAUGUGAGCAGAUGCAGGAGAGUAUUGAGGAUGAAGAAGCCGCUGGCAUUGUGGUAACAACUCCAGCUCUGAAUGAAGUCGAUCUAGUGGAUGCUUCAUCCGAGCUGAUGCAGGAGGAUACUGGGGUUCAAGAUGCCAUGGUCAUCAUAUCAACAGCAACUCCAGCACCAAUUGAAGUCGAAGUAGUGGAUGCUUCAUCUGAGCAGAUGCAGGAGGAUACUGGGGUUCAAGACGCCACAGCCAACAUGGCGACAACUCCAGCGUCAACAGAAGUUGAAAUAACUGAUUCUUCAUCAGAACAGAUGCAGGAUAUUGGGAUUCAAAAUACCACAGUCAUCAUGGCGACAACAACUACAGGACCGACUGAAGUUGAAAUAACUGAUGCUUCAUCUGAGCAGAUGCAACAGGAUGCUGGGAUUCAAGACACCACAGUCUUCAUGGCAACAACUCCAGAACCGACUGAAGGUGAAAUAACCGAUGCUUCAUCCGAGCAGGUGCAGGAGGAUACUGGGGUUCAAGACGCAACAACCAACAUAACAGCAACUCCUGCACCAAUUGAAUUUCAAAUAACUGAUGCUUCAUCUGAGCAGAUGCAGCAGGAUGCUGGGAUUCAAGACGCCACAGUCAUCAUGGCAACAGCAACUCCUGCACCGAGUGAAUUUCAAAUAACUGCUAAUUCAUCUCAGCAGAUGCAGGAAGAUACUGGGGUUCAAGAUGCUACAGCCAACAAGAUGACAGCAACUCCAGAACAGACUGAAGGCGAAAUAACCAAUGCUUCAUCUGAGCGGGUGCAGGAGGAUGUUGGGGUUCAAGAUGCCACAGUCGUCAUGGCAACAACAACUCCAGCACUGACUGAGUUUGAAAUAACCAAUGCUUCAUCUGAGCAGGUGCAGGAGGAUACUGGGGUUCAAGAUGCCACAGUCGUCAUGGUGACAGCAACUCCUGCACCGAUUGAACUUCAAGUAACUGCUGAUUCAUCUGAGCAGAUGCAACAGCAUGCUGGGUUUCAAGAUGCCACAGCCAACAUGAUGACAGCAACUCCAGAACCAACUGAAUUUGAAACAACUGGUGCUUCAUCCGAGCAGGUGCAGGAGGAUACUGGUGUUCCAGAUGCCACAGACAACAUGGUGACAACAACUUCAGCAUCGACUGAAGGCGAAGUAGCUGAUGCUUCAGCUGAAGACUAUGUGAUCUUGGAACCAGUCCCAGUCCCAGUGAGUGAGAUUCAUUUAGAUAUUGUUACUCAGGCUGUAGCUGAAUCGGGCUUAUCUGCCUCACUUGGUCCAGAUGAGGAGAUGGCAAGUCAAAGUAUUUUAAAUAGUUCCCCACAGACUAUUAUACUCGAGGCUGUGGCACAUCAAGGUGAAACAAACGAUGAGGUCAACAAUACCACAGUAACCAGCUCAGGUGAAGUUUUAGAGCAAGAGACAGAAACAAACAGUCUUCAAGAUGCUCCAGUUUCUGACCACCAACCAUCAUCUGCCUCUGUGGAUGUAGAGAUGGUGAACUCUCAUCACACAAAUAAUGACAGUACUGCAGCAGUGAUGGAGAAUGUUGAAUGUACACUGGGCCAAGACGAAGUGCAGAUUCUGGAAGUUAUGGAGAUUGGUCGUGAGGUGGUUGUGAUGGAGGAAGACAACAAGGAAGACAGUGAUGUUGUAGUAAUAAAACUACCGGCUCAGCCUACCAAAGGUUCUAAAAAGUCAGAAGAAGAAGUAAAUGUUACAAAGAAACAGGACACCAGUAAGACUGUGAAAAAGAAAGCGAGUGCAGGAAAGGUUGAAGAGAAAAAGGGACAAGAGGUCGAAAAACCCAAGAAACAAGAAAUGAACAUGCAAGCGAGAACCAAAGCUCGUCUCGCAGCUCUGGCUGAGCAGAAGGCUGCAGCGGCCAAGAAAUCAGCCAACAGACAGCAGUUGAACCUUUUAGCCCUGUGUCAGGAAAUUGCAGAGGACAUUGCCACAGACAGCAUGUUGUUGAAGAAGAUCGAAGAAGAAAAACAAGCAGCAGCAGCUGCUGAGGCAGCUAAGGCAAAAGCCAACAAGAAGGAACCUCCAGACGUUACCUCACAAGAAGCAGAACCAGAUAAUGUAGUGACCCCUGCUGGACCCGAGGAGAGCCCUGCUUCUGAGACCCCCACUCCAGAGUUGCCUGCUGUCCAGCCUGUUGUCCAGCCUGUUGUCCAGCCUGCUGUCCAGCCUGCUGUCCAGCCUGCUGUCCAGUCUUCGACAGCCGAUUCAGCCGAACCCAAGCCAGCUGCAGAGCCUCCAAAGAGACGCUUCUUCAUCUCUCAGAUUUCAGUGCCUCUUAAAGCUCACGAGAAAAAGAAGCUAACUCGAUAUCAGAGACUGAGACAAGUUGAACUGCAGAGAGAGAAAAUGUCUUGGGCCCGCGUCAAGAAACUCAAGUCUGACCAAACAAACCAGAUGUUUUCAGAUGUGGACUGGCAAGCGUCUUUUUCUGGCGGCUUUUUUAUGGGUUCUACAACUCCUUCACAAGCAAGCAGUCCAUCAAAAACACCCCCCGUAAGUCAAACAUUUGCCACCCAGCCGGCUCUACCAAAAGGAGAUUCUCCCAAAAUUGAGACUCCUACUUCUGAACUUCUGAAAACGGAAGUUGACAAAACUGAAACUACGAAAACAGACAACACUGAAACUGAACUCGUUAGAACUGAAACGAUCGAAACUGAACUCGCUAAAGCAGAAACCUCCAAAACUGAACCCAAUAAAGCAGAAACAGCAAAAACAGCUGAACCUGUUAAAGCUGAAACUACUAAAACUGAAGCUCCUAAUUCUGACAACCGAAGGAUUACGAGGCAAAGUAAAGCUCAAGCGUCUAAAGCUGCUGUUGUAGCUCCAAAACCUGCUCCGAAAGUUACCAGAUCAACAUCCAAGAGGAGCCUCCCUGCAGUUCCUCCCCCCAUGCCCAAUGGACUUAAUGCUCAAAAACCAAAGCCUGUGGAGUACAAACCAUACAGACCCAGGCCAAAGUACUCCUUUGAUGAUUUUGAACUUGAUGAUGAUGACUCUUUACUAGUGUCAACAAUAAAGCCGAAUCUUUCCACGCAACCACCUCGACCAUGCUCCACAGCUCAGUCUAAACCUCCACUGAAACCCACCAUUUCAUCACAACCUGCCAACCAGGCAAAGCUCAAAUCUCCAACAGCACUUCCUGGACCGACGAGGCCCGCUGCUUCACUUCAAGCUCACUUACAGUCCGCAAAGUCAAAACCUACAGUUACAGCAGCCGCACAGUUGAAACCUACGACUGCAGCUUCAUCGAAGCCUGUUCCCUCAACCAGCACGCAGUUAAAGAUCCCCAUCUUGGCUGCUUCACAGUCCAAACCUGCUUCAGCUCAGCCCAAACCUGCUGCUUCUGCUUCUCCCCAGUUAAAACCAGUAAAUGUAACAAAGCAACUUACACCAGCAGCCCCUCAUCCAGACAGCCCAGCCACAACAGAAACAAAACCUGCUGCUGCUAAAACUGGUGACUCUUCAGUGCCUCAGAAAACUGAAAAUCCCCCAUCACAGGAAAAUGAAAAAUGCAAGAAUACAGCUGAUCCACUGUCAUCACUUCCUGCCUCUUCCCUUCCUUCUGUGGAGAGCACCGACGGCACAAAGACGUCUGAAGAAAGUCCUGCUGUCACUGCUCGUAAUUCUUCUGCAGAGAAUGAAACCAAAAUGGCAAAGAUGGCAGCGAAGACAUCAGAAAAUCAGAACAGUGAAGCAAAGCCACAAGAUGCUGCUACUUUUCUUUCUGAUGCUUCUUUGCAAAAAGAGGUCAAGAAACUUAAGGAGGCUGACAAAGAUGGCACCCAGACUAUUAUUGAUGCAGGACAGAAACACUUUGGGCCAGUGGCCUGCAGUGGGUGUGGGAUGCUGUACUCUGCUGCCAACCCUGAGGAUGAAUCUCAGCAUUUACUCUUCCACAACCAGUUCGUCAGUGCUGUCAAAUAUGUGGGGUGGAAAAAAGAGAGGAUCCUCGCAGAGUUUCCUGAUGGCAAGAUCAUUCUUGUCCUCCCAGAUGAUCCUAAAUAUGCUUUGAAGAAGGUGGAGGAGAUCAGGGAGAUGGUGGACAAUGACCUCGGCUUCCAACAGGUGGAGACAAAGUGUCCCUCUCAGACCAAAACUUUCCUCUUCAUCUCUAUUGACAAGAAAGUGGCUGGAUGCCUCAUAGCGGAGCACAUCCAGGAGGGCUACAGGGUGAUCGAGGAGGCUCUUCCCGAGGGCUCAGAGGGGGAGAAGAUGUUGUUUGAGCGUCAGAAAGCUUGGUGCUGCUCCACCACGCCAGAUCCAGCCAUCUGCGGCAUCAGUCGCAUCUGGGUGGUCAGUAUGAUGCGACGCCAAGGCAUCGCCACACGCAUGAUCGAGUGCCUCAGGAAUAACUUCAUAUACGGUUCCUACCUGAGGAAGGAUGAGAUUGCGUUCUCAGAUCCAACUCCCGAUGGAAAACUUUUCGCCUCGCAUUAUUUUGGCACCUCCCAGUUUUUAGUUUAUAACUUUGUAAGCGGACUGCGCUCGCUCCAACCCAAAACUCAAGCAGUAUGACAUUCCACAAGAGAAGAAAGGAUGUAGUCAUCUGUCAUGCUCACUCGCUCCUCUCUGCGUGUUUGAAGAAGGCCACACAGGAAGUGAAAAACUCUCAUCCGAGAGGCGGCUCAUUGGUUUAAAUCUCAGGAUAAAAGCAACAAAUGGUUGAAAAGUGUCAUUCGAUUCUUCCCUAAAUAUUAUUUUGAAAUGACUAUUUUCUUUAAGGAAACAAUUGGUUUUAAUUAGAAAAAAAAAAGUUUACAUGCAUGACCUGACAGCAAUAGAAUAAAAGAGCAUAUUAUUUUUUACUUUCCGCAAACGCUUUAACUUUUUUACCUGUAAUCGAGUGAAGAGGAGUGUCAUGUUCUCUAUGACUACGCCAUCAUCUCAAGUUGUGUUUUAAUGUUUAAAAGCUGCAGCAAGGUGGACGGAGAGUUGUGGGUUUGGACUGCAGUCUGUAGUACGAGUCUUUGUCUUUAAAUCUCACUUCUUCGUUUGUGCCUAAAUAAGUAAUGUUUGAUUUUAGAUGUUUUUAUUUACAUCUUUGCCAAAAUGUUUCACUAAGCGGCAUUUGGCUUUUUAUUCAGUUAGCCUAGAAAAUCAUCUUAUUGCUUAGAAAUGUAUAUCAAUUAAUCAUGUAGAUUUAUGCAUUUUAUUUCAAGAUUUAUAAUGGAAGAUGAGAA